UCAAUGUCAAUGAAAUUCUUUGAGGUUAGAAUCGAAGAAUCUGUGAAAAUCUGAAAAUUACAACUAUAUUGUAUAUUAAUUCUCAGUUUAUUACUCAAACCUGUACAAAACGGUUCAUUAGAAUUAAUAAAAAAAACAUGUCUCGACUAGGUGCUUUGCACUUGACUAAACCCACAGGCCCCAAGCAUACGGCGACAGUAAUAUUUUUUCAUGGAUCUGGAGAUACAGGUGCAAACAUGAAGGAGUGGGUGAAUAUAAUGGCACGAAAUUUUACAUUUCCACACAUCAAGGUGAUGUUCCCAACGGCUCCGUUGCAACCUUACACUCCCAAUGAAGGUGCCAUGAGCAAUGUUUGGUUUGACCGUGCUAAUAUAUCUAUUAAUGCUCCUGAAAAACUUGAUUCAAUAUCUAGAAUAGAGGUAGAGGUUAAGGAUCUCAUCCAAAGAGAAAAUAAAUUAGGAAUACCUAGCAACAGAAUAAUUAUAGGUGGAUUUUCAAUGGGUGGCUCACUGUCAUUCCAUGCGGCUUAUAGGUGGGAAAGGAAUAUUGCCGGAGCCUUCGUGUUCAGCUCUUUUCUCAAUAAUGGCACAGUUGUGUACCAAGAGCUAAAAAAUGCAUCCAGCUCUCCAUUACCACCUCUGCUACAAUGCCAUGGUGACAACGACGACGUGGUGCCACUGGAGUGGGGCCAAACUACUUACAACCAAUUGAAAACACUCGGAGCUCCAAUACAGUUUCACGUUUUGGAGAGGCUGGGACAUCAAAUCAAUAAACGGGGACUUAAUCUCAUAAGGGAUUUCAUUGAGAAACAUCUGCCUGAUGUCUGAUAGUGAUAUCACGAUAAUGAACAUUUUUUAAGCAUUUUUGUAAACUACCUACAUACAUAGGUAUACAUUCGAUGCAAGACUAGUAAAAUGUAAAAUACCAAUGAACUUUAAAAAAAAGUACGUAGUUAACUAAUGGGUUUUGAGACGGAUAGACCAAAUAGUUGU